AUGGCAACCUCCAAGGCAUCACCAUUGGCUUUCAUGGAUGUUCUUAGUCCAGCCGUAUCAUAUUUUCGGCCCGCUGAAUCAACACCAACGACUCCCAAAACCACAACUUCUGGUGAUCCUCCAUUCAUUAUCAUUCUUUCUUGGUCGGAAGCUCGCGAUAUUCAUAUAGCAAAGUACAUCUCUCAGUAUCGCGAGCUCUACCUAGCAUCUGCCAUACUCCUCUUCCGCGCUUCUACCAAGCUAUAUAUUCAACCAGCUCUACGACGUCGUCUAUUCGAGCCAGCUUUACCAAUUCUGCAGUCUGUCAAUAACGGACAAGAAGAUGCACCCAGCUUUCUCAUCCAUAUCUUUUCCAAUGGUGGUGUCAGUUCUGCUGCCACGCUUUGGGAGAUGUGGGAAACUUCACUAGGCGGUAAACCAAUUCCGCGACAUGCUGUCGUGAUGGACUCAUGUCCCGGAUACUUCCACUGGAAACGAGAUCACCAUGUCCUCUCAACCGGAUUCCCACCAUUUUUGUCUCCCCUCGUCUGGGUGUUUCUGGGUUUUGCAUGGGUCUACUACAAACUAUGGUUAGGUGUGGAACCGCAUACUGCCUAUGCCUCGGCUCUCAAUACGCCUGAGAGAAUCAGCCGGGAGACUAUGCGGGCAUACCUUUACGGAGAUGCAGACCUCUCAGUUGGUUGGGAGGAUGUUGAAUCACAUGCUCAACAAGCAAAGGACAAUGGCGCUGUUGUUAGAACAGAGAAGUUUGCUGGAGGUGCCCAUGUCGCUCAUGUCAGAGUUGAUGCUGAUAGAUACUGGAAGGCUGCUCAAGAGACUUGGCAAGGGAAAGAGUUUUAG